CCUCCAAAGAAACAGCAUACAUCCCCACAAUGUCAGACUACGGAGACGAUGACCACUUCGGCGGCUACGAAGAGACCUUCGACGCAGACAACUACGACUACGUAGACCAAGACAACCUCCUCCAAGACGCACCCCGCGAAGGCGAAACAGACGCACACGCCCCCAACGGCCAAGACCCCGUCAACCCCCACACCGAAGUUAUAGCCUCCGCCGGCGGCGACGUCGCCGCAACCGCGACAGUCUCCGGCCGCAAAGCGGGUAAAGCCGUACCCAAAGAGAAGCGAACAACGACCCCAUACAUGACCAAAUACGAGAAAGCACGGUUGUUGGGAACGAGGGCCUUGCAGAUUAGUAUGAACGCGCCUGUGCUUGUGGAUUUGGAGGGGGAGACGGAUCCGUUGCAGAUUGCGAUGAAGGAGUUGAGUCAGAAGAAGAUUCCGUUGUUGGUGAGGAGAUAUUUGCCGGAUGGGUCGUAUGAGGAUUGGGCGUGUUCUGAGUUGAUUGUGGAGUAGGUGUGUGACGUGAAAAGGACGUGGAGAAUGAUGGUG